UGCUCCCCAGAAAGGAGGGAGAACACUGAGAUGGACCACUUCCGGGCCACAGUACUAAGCGGGCCGGAGGAAGCUGCGGGUACCUGUGGUGGGGAGGGAGGUUGUGCCGGUAGCCACUUCUCCCCAGCGGCUCUGGCGGUUUCCCCGGCACUCCCGCGGCACUGAGUUUCCUAUACUUGUGACAUAGUGCAAACGCGAGGAGGAACGGACACAGCAUUGGUUAGUUGUGGCCUAAACCUCAUCCCGCGGACAUGGCUAACAAAGGAAACAAAAAACGCCGGCAGUUUUCUUUGGAGGAAAAAAUGAAAGUAGUAGAAGCAGUGGAUUCUGGCAAGCGAAAAGGAGAUGUGGCAAAGGAAUUUGGCAUCACUCCUUCUACAUUAUCCACAUUCUUAAAAGAUCGUGCUAAAUUUGAAGAAAAGGUAAGGGAAGCAUCAGUGGGACCACAACGAAAAAGAAUGCGUAAUGCCCUCUAUGAUGACAUUGACAAGGCUGUGUUUGCUUGGUUUCAGGAAGUUCAUGCAAAAAACAUUCUUGUAAGUGGAUCAGUGAUUCGAAAAAAAGCAUUAAAUUUGGCAAAUAUGCUAGGCUAUGACAAUUUUCAAGCAAGCGUUGGCUGGCUUAAUAGAUUUCGUGAUCGACAUGGAAUUGCUUUAAAAGCAAUCUGCAGGGAGGAUAAUGAUAAGUUAAUGAAUGGUAUAGGAAUAGAUAAGGUUAAUGAAUGGCAUGCUGGUGAAAUUAUAAAGCUGAUUGCUGACUACAGCCCAGAUGAUAUUUUUAAUGCUGAUGAAACAGGCAUGUUUUUCCAGUUGUUGCCACAACAUACGCUUGCUGCUAAAGGUGAUUGCUGCAGAGGAGGUAAGAAGGCCAGACAACGAUUGACCGCACUUUUUUGUUGCAAUGCAUCAGGAACUGAAAAAAUGAGACCACUGAUUGUUGGUAAAUCAGCUACACCACGAUGCUUCAAGAAUGUGCAUUCACUUCCUUGUGAUUACCGUGCCAACCAGCGGGCAUGGAUGACUCGAGAUCUGUUUAAUGAGUGGCUCAUAAAAGUUGAUGCAAAGAUGAAACAAGCAGAACGCAGAAUCCUCAUGUUGAUCGACAACUGUUCUGCACACAACAUGCUUCCACGUCUAGAAAGAAUUCAAGUUGGCUAUCUCCCAUCAAACUGCACAGCUGUUUUACAGCCACUGAAUCUUGGUGUAAUUCACACCAUGAAAGUUUUAUACAGGAGUCGACUCUUGAAGCAGAUUCUUCUCAACCUCAACAACAAUGAGGAAAAAGAAAAGCUCAACAUUAAACAGGCCAUUGACAUGAUAGCUGGGGCAUGGUGGUCUGUUAAACAAUCCACAGUAGUGAAGUGCUGGCAAAAAGCAGGCAUCAUUCCAAUGGAAUUUACUGACACUGAUCCAGAAGAAGAUGAUGAACCAGAUAUAGCAAUGGAAAAAUUAUGGAAUUCGGUUGCUAUUGCCACAUGUGUUCCAAACGAGGUCACUUUUGAGGACUUUGUAACUGCUGACAAUGAUUUACUUGUAUCUCGUGAGUUAACAGAUGUGGACAUUGUCGAAAGCAUGAUGACUGGUACAAACCCUGAAGAAGGUGAAAGUGAGAGUGAGGAUGAUGAAGGUGUCUCUUUGCUGGAGCAGCCAAAACUAACCAUUGCAGAAGCUAUCUCAAGCGUAGAAAAACUCAGGCAGUUCCUUUCGACUUGUACAGAUGUUCCUGAUGCAGUCUUUGGACAGCUAAAUGGCAUAGAUGAAUAUUUAAUGACAAGUGUAACACAUACUCUGGUGGAAUCCAAAAUUACAGAUUUUCUCCAAACAAAAUAAAAUGGGAAAAUUACUUCAUCUUUGUGUUGGAGGGUGUAGUUAACAUGACUAAAGAAUGUUCCUUUCAGAUUUUGAACUUAUGUCAAGCAAUAUUAUUACAUUGACAUUCCAAUACUGUGAAAUGAUUUAGACACUUGAAGCUUUCUGUAAUGGGAUUUGGUCUGUGAUAUAUUUGACUGCUACCUGUAUUAUCUCUUAAUUCACUGUGGAAAGAUUAACCAUAUUACAGAUUAUCCUUGAGACCUGCAGCUAGCUUCUUCCUAAUGUCUAGCUGGAUCGCAGAAUUUUUCCUCCAGUUUACAAUCCAUUUUGCUCUAAAGACAGUAUCUAGUAUUGCCCAGCUUUGUUACAUUCCCCUUCAUAGGACCAAUUAGGACCAAUUAGCUUUACAUAGCAUUACAAUUCUUCCUCUAUUCCGAUGAAUUGUCCUGGUGCAGGUGCGGCUCUCCUCUACUUCCUACUUUUCUUAUCCUCUAUAACCAAACCCUUCCCAUCCUAUCCCCAUAAGAGAGUAAUUUGAUGGAAGUACUUCCUGUGGAAAUUGCUUAAGCAGGUAACAUGUUUCCUAGCCUUUUAGAGAUGAACAACUUGGGUUUGUCACUAAUAGGGAGAUGAGAUAGGAGGGAUUUAGAACAUGUUUUCUUCGAAGAGUAGGCAUAGGAGGUAGUUGAAGUUUAUGGAGUGAUCCUAUAGUAAGGGACCACAGAGAUCAGAGAGAAUAGAGGAGCAGCCCCAUAGAAAUAUUAGAGUGAGGUUUUCUGAUGUUCAUUUCCUAUACUUCUGACCAGGAUUGGAGGGUUAAAAGAGAUUCAGAUGUGAAAAUGUGCAUGUGAAUGGAACAAAUUUUGGGAUCUACCCUGAUUUGGGAUCUCAUUCCAUUCACUCCAUACCUGUAGAUAAUUCAGAAUCUGUUCCAUAUAAAAAUAAUAACACACUGCAUCGCCCACUUACCAGAGGAGAGACUAAAAUAAUGAAUUGCCCCUAUUUUCUCUGUUACUGUUCUUUGUGGAAAUCCAUUAGGCUAGAUUUGAUUUAAUCCAGGAUUUAAAAAAAACAGUUACUAGAAAAAUUCAACUCAAUAAGAUUUUUUUCCCACAAAAAAUCCCUUUAUCUUUUUGUAUUCCUAACCUAAUAGUAGUCACA